CAUGAAUUACUCAAUAAAUCUUCGUAAAAAAGUCGGGAAUUGGUUGRUUUUGGUUUAAUCCUUUCGUACAUCACGAUAUCUCCAGGGAACUAAAUUCCAGAUUUUUUGUAUUUCGUAUCAGACGAUGCUACUUUUUGAAGUAUAAGUAAKUCUGACUGGCAAGGCAAAUUGGAUGAACGACUGUGCACAGUGUGUUCUCGUUAUUUGAUGAAAUGCUGCUUUGCGCGGGAAUUUUUGGAAUAUGAAAGAUGGCAGACGACAUAAAUGAUGACGACUUGUUUAAAAUAUUGAUAGCUACUGACAUACAUCUUGGCUACCUUGAGAAAGAUCAAGUCAGAGGAAAUGACUCAGUGGUUACGUUUGAGGAAAUUCUAGAGAUUGGCAAAAAGUAUAAUGUUGACUUUAUUCUUCUUGGAGGWGAUUUAUUUCAUGAAAACAAGCCAUCAAGAAAGACAACMCAUGCAUGUAUGGCACUUCUUAGGAAAUAUUGCAUGGGUGACAAGUCGUGUCAAGUUGAAUUUCUUAGUGAUCAGUCGAUCAACUUUUCAAACAGCAGGUUUCCUGUAGUGAAUUAUGAAGAUCCAAACUUGAAUGUUUCUAUGCCAGUGUUUUCUAUCCAUGGUAACCAUGAUGAUCCUGCUGGAGAUGGCAAUCUGUGUGCUUUAGAUUUGCUUAGUGUCUGUGGACUAGUGAACUAUUUUGGACGRCCAUCUUCUGUUGAUGAUAUAACAGUUUCACCGAUACUAUUUCAAAAAGGCAUAUCUAAAAUGGCUCUGUAUGGAUUAGGGUCAGUCAGAGAUGAGAGACUCCACAGAACAUUUCUUAAUCAAAAAGUKAAGAUGCUGAGACCAAAAGAAGACCCAGAUUCAUGGUUUAACUUGCUUGUUCUUCAUCAAAACAGAGCAAAACAUGGUCCAACUAACUACAUCCCAGAGAAGUUCCUAGAUCCAUUCCUUGACUUAAUCUUCUGGGGUCAUGAGCAUGAGUGCCUUAUUGAACCAGUACAAUCUGAUGAUACAAGCCUUCCUUUCUACAUCACACAGCCAGGAUCAUCUGUUGCUACUUCACUGUCAAUUGGCGAAUCAAAACAAAAACAUGUUGGAAUUCUGGAGGUCAAGUCUGAUAAAGCCUUUCAAAUCACCAAGGUUCCCCUCACAACAGUCAGGCCAUUCUACAUGGAAGAUAUUGUGCUUAGUGAGACUGACUUGGAUCCCACAGAAGAUCAAAAAGUCAUGUCUUUUCUUGCUGAUAAGGUAGAGCAACUGAUAUUCAAGGCUGAAAGUCAACAUACUGGAAAUAAAAGGCAACCAAAUAAACCUUUGAUUAGAUUGAAAGUUGACUACAGUGGUGGGUUCAGUUCCUUCAGCACUCAAAGGUUUGGUCAGCAGUUUGUUGACAGAGUAGCAAACCCCAAAGACAUAAUUCUCUUUUACAGGAAAAAAGAAGUCAAAAAGAGAGAUACCCAUGUCAGACCAGAUGUAGAUGACAAAAUCUUACAUUUGAGACCAGAAGCUCUAGAUAAUAUUCGAAUGGAAGACUUGAUCAAGGAAUAUUUGACCUCAAGUGAUAACGCACUGGAACUCUCCAUACUCUCUGAAAACAGAAUGGCUCAAGCACUGCGUGAGUUUGUUGAUAAGGAUGAGAAUGAAGCUAUUGGUACUCUGGUCAACUGGCAGCUAAACCAAGCACAGAAACAUCUCAAGCAGCGAAAUAACUUGCAAGGYGAUGAGAUUGAAAUUGAAGCAAAAAGGUUUGUUGAAAGAAGAAGGCAACGAGAACAACAAAGCAAUGAGGAGGAAGAAGAAGAAGUUAGGAAGGUUUUGGCUGAACAAUCUAGAUCUGUCAUCCAUGACAAUGGGGAUGAAAAUGAUUCUGAUGAUUCAAACAUUAGCGGAACAGCACCUGCAAAACGUGGCAGGGGUAGAGGUCGAGGCAAGGGCGAAGCUGCAAGUCAAAGAGGCACCAGAGGCCGAGGGAGUAGGGGUGGACGCGGAAGAGGUGAAGGGCGUGGUAGGGGUACACGUGCACAGUCAACAGCAAGAAAGAAGAACUCCCUCAUAACUGACUCAUUUUCAUUUGGCGCUGGAUCAAGUAAACAGAACGCAACAGUGAUAGAAAGCUCGGACGRAGAAGAUGGUUUUAACAACACUUCCAACCGCAAAACAAGCACCCAGAAAAAAGCACCGAUAUCAAAUUCAAGAUCUAAAAAGAACGCAUUUAAGUUUGAUGAGGAAAGUGAGGAUUCCGAUAAUCCCUUUGACUUCCCAGAACCUCGUUCAAAAAAAGCAAGAAGAUAGUCGCGUAAGAAGAAAGAUAGUACAGUGAAUAGAAUUGUAUAGUCUUCUCUCGCAGGCAUGGGAGCGAGGCAAAUAACGGAGAAGACUAUGAAUUGUAUUGAAGUGCAGAUGAUAUUUAGGUUUGCUAAUGUAAUAAACGGUUCAUUUAGAGAUUGUAUUUUCAAAGAAAUGUUUUAUUUGUAAUUAAGAUUUUAGAUAUUUGUUAAACAUCAAAUAGACUCGGGCAUAAAAAAAUAAAAUAAAGUAAACAUUAUUAAUG